CUUCGGGCGUAGCCGCCCCACCGCACUCCACCCUGAGGGGGCCCUCCGCCGGGCGGUGCAGGCUGAAGGGAGCCCGGGCCCCCAGCCCUCUCGGGGCACCGAAGGGAACCGAGGCUGCGCUGCGGGCGACGGAACGACCCGGGGAGAGGGAGGAGACCAGGCCCCGCGUCGCGAGGGGGAAACGGCUUCUCCGAGUCAUGGCUCCGACGGGGAAGAGAUACUCCUGUUCAACCUCGAUACGCCGGGGGACCCCCAACUUCUCUCCCCCGGGAGGACGACGCCCCUUGUCGUGGGCGUACGCUCUUCCCCAGCUCCCGUGCAUUUGUCAGCAGAGGGAGGCUCGCUCCCGCGGGUGAACCGUUUGAUGUAAAAGACUUGACUCCAUAAUCUGCAUCUGCCCUAAUGCUGUCAUCCGGAGUAGAGACUCAGCCAGUUCCACUUGAUUCCUCCAUGUCUGCCGUGGUACAGGAAUUAUACUCGGAACUCCCAGUAAGUGUCUCCAAAGAGCUUCAUGCUGACCCUGAGCCAAGUGUGAUUCCAGAUGUAAAACCCGGAGCCUCAAGCUCUCUUAUAAGUCAGAGUAGGGCAGUGCCCUUGGAGCUGCAGAGGACUCCUGCGGAAAGUUGUUGUGAAGAAGCCUCUGAGACCUUGGAUCAUGGGGGUGCGCCUGGGCGGUGUGGGCUGGUGGACUCCACGGCAGCAGGUUCUAUGGCUUCUGGGAUCUUGGAUAGGGAAGAAAAAAACAAAAGCAUGGAGCUAAAGGUCUUCAGAGAUCGAGGGGACCAGGCGGAAAUUGUAAGAAACCCCUGUGAGGGAGCAAAGGAAGACCCAUGCCAACAUUCCACAGCUGCUGAAGAAAAGAUCAGCCCAAGUCAGGAGGACCUCCAAAUGCAGUCAAGCAGAGAACUUUUAUGCACAGACGUCCCUGAAGAAUGUCUGAGGAGCAAAGAAGGAAGUGUACAGAUUACAGAACAAACUCUGCUAAAAUCUACUGAAGAGGUACAAGGUAUGAAGGUCAAUGGGACUAAGAUGGAUAAUAAUGAAGGACACAAGAAUGGCAAUGUGAGUAAAGGUCUCUCAGCUGGGUGCAGCAAAUACCCAGAAGUAGACAAAAUCAUGACCAGUGGUGAGGUUUCAGAAACCAGCACAAUAGUGUCCCUAGAGCCUUUAACCUUUGUGGACCCUGGAUUAACAGAAGCAACUCCUAAAGAAAAAGAAUGUGAAGAAUUGAAAACUUGUCCUUCUUGGUUGUCAUUGUUACCAGGGAACAGUGCCAUUUCCAAAGUGGACAAUGGAAAGGAAGAGUUGUGCAAAUUAAACCUUGUCUGUGAAGCAGAUGACAAUCACCAACAGAUUCUUGGCCACCAUAAUGAAAAACACAGUUGUGCACAUGGCAGUCCCAAAGCUACAAGAAAUGUAGUUGUUGUAGAAAAUUCUGAAGUUUCACAUUUCACAUCAAGUUUGUCUAGUCCAGAAUCCAGAACAGCAUCCUUAGAAAAAUGUGGUUUUGAAGGUAAUUGCUUGCUGAAGAGAUCUGCUGAAAAGACAGAUAAUUCCUGUUUUGAUGGGAAUGAUCAAAGCAAGAACUUGGCUUCUAGGAAAGAAAAUGAAGAAGAACUUUUGAACCCCAGAAGUGAACCACAGGAACUCUUUUUUGUUAAUGCCAGGCAACCAGAAGCAAAUGCUAGUGAUCAUUGUUCUGGUGAUGAAGAGACUGUUGACUCCCCGAAAGAGAAUAUCCAUGAUAACUUGUGCAUUCAAGGUGGUAUCCAUACAGACAGUUCUAGUUCUUUAAUGGCCAAUUCUUUUAGUGAAGCCACAGAAGUAAUGUUAAAAAAAAAUGAUUUGAAAAUCACUUCAGAGAUUCGGUGUAGCUUGACAAACUGUAAGGACCACAGAGUAACUUGUACAAAUAUGAGCCAUCCAGGUGGACACUCUGAAGAGAGCAGUUUUUCCUCCUUGAUGCAGAUUGAAGAGCCAGAACAGACUACCACUAUAGAGCCCAAUAUGUUAAGUAAAAAGUUUUACAGUAAAGACUCUAACUCCUUAGUCAGCACCCAGAGAAAUCUGGAAGGCAACACCCAGUUAAAUGAAGCAUCGUAUAAUGUGUUUCUUAUUGAAAGAAAAUCCCCUGUGAGUUUAAUGCCAGAGGACCAGAUAAGUCCUGUAAAUGAGGUAUCAAGACCCAAGAAAAAUAUUGCUCAGCUACCACCAUCGCUAGAGUUUGAUUACAGACUUGGGUCAGAAAAAGCUGUACAGACCUCACAAGAUGAUAUUCCACAUUUAGAUGAACAGAGCGUUGCCUGUGAGAUAAAUCAGUUUCCUUGUUCCGAUGAACUGGUUGUAAACAAAAUAGAAAAUGAAUGUGUUUUAAAUCAAGUGUCCCUUAAUUCUCGAGACCACACCAAGCUGCCAGCUGACAAAGAUUUGCCUUUAGCAACAAGCAAGGAUUCCCAACAGAGCCAUCACCCUCCAUUAGAGGUUGGAGUAGACGUCAUUGCUGAUACCCAAACCAUUUCCAGGAAGACAAAAAUGAAAGACAUCUUUCCACCAGGUGACAAAACCUGUGGUGCCUCUUCCAACAAUCCCACCUUAAACAUCAAACCAGUAAGUCUAGAAGGAAAAAGUGAAAUGGCUGAUUCAGGAACAGAAGAUCUACAUUCCAGACUUUUCUCAAGUAAGAAAGAAGCAGCAGGCUUGCCUCAAGAGGUUUCUAUCAUGGAAUAUCAAAGUGUUCAAUCUCAGGAUCUCUCUAGCUCUCAUUGUAUAAGAAAAAAUGCACCAGAAAAGAGCAUGGGUUCUGCUUGUACUGCUUUUGAGUCUAGCAAAACCAUCCUGGAAGUUGAAAACUCUUUGAUAACCAAGUAUGAAAAUGCAUUUCAGGGCAGCAAUCACCACUCCCAAGGAAGAGAAGUCUCCAUGAAAAGUACCAUCCAUAAGGUGACUGAUACAUUCGAGGAAAGUGAACUUGAUGGGAGAGAAACUAAAGGCAGCCUUCCAGAAGAUGAGAUUAGAAACAAAACAACAGCAGGCAUGUUAAACAGUGAAGCUUCCAGUCACACCACCAGUUACAUCCAACCCAGUGAGGAAGGGCUAGAAGGAAAGGAACAGAAUAUACCCAAAGAGACUGUGUUUUGUAAGUAUAGCAUCUCUGAUUGUGCCACACAAGAACUAAACCAAUCUGCAAACAUUCCAAGUCCUGAAAAACUGUUGGACCAGUCUCCUAGUAUUGUGUUCUCGAGUUUUAAAAUCAUGAACCAAACAAUUGAAACUCUUGAUCAGAAAGCAGAUGAAGUCUUUGACUGCCAGAGUAAUCUAGUCAGACCAGAUGUAGGCAGAAGUGAAGAUACCCUAGGUAGUGACCAGAGAGAGACCAUCACAGAGCCUAACAGAGAGGUAAGUCACAACCAAAGGGAUCUGCUAGUCAGUUCAGGCAGUAACAACUCAUUGUCUGGAGGUAGUCCAGAGAAAGGCGAUUUGAAAGGAGCCUUUGAAGGGAUUUCUGGUUGUGAGGAGUCUACAGAUGGUGUGGUAGAUGUCAUCUACACAGACUGUAGUAAUAAACCUACAGAAGGCGUGCUGGACAUAAGGGCAUCUAGUACAUUUGAUGGUGCUGCAAGGCAAAAUAGACUGGUAUUACAUGAAACCUCAAGGAGUACCCUGUCUCAGAGAGAACUGAAGGCUGCACUUACAGGAAUGAUUGACCAGGACUCAGAUUUCCCAGAUACUACUUCCUCUAUAGUGGAAUCUCUUGAACUAAAAAAAUCAUGUGAAGAGAAAGUAUGCAGAUCAUUAAAAGAUUGUGAAAUGGAAGUGUGUGUAGACUCUUGUGCCCAUGAGAUAGAAUGUAUUGCAGAUCAUGAACCAAAUAUAAAAAUAUUAGAUAGAGUAAAUGUGUCUUUAAAUUAUAUUCAUCAUGAACAGCAAGUUAAAGAAGGAUGUCUGAGAGAAACACAAGGAAUGGUUGAAGGAUCAAAACUGGAAAUAAAUUCUGAGUUUGACAAGGAAGAUACCUUUGGAAUUUCCUCAAAAGAGGUAAUGUCUUUUAGAUGCCAAGGUGAGAACUCUGUUCCGCCAGGGAUCCUGAAAUCCAUUGAGCUAAUGCCUUUGUGUCUGUCUUCUGAAGAAAAUUCAGAAACUAAUAUUAAUAGUGAAGAAACUGACCUGGAAAAUCUUUUAAAACCAAAAGAUGAUGAGAUGCCUUGUGGAAACGUAAAGGACUGCACAGUCCUGCCUGAGCUCAAGAGAGGAGCACCAAGGGAUAUGAGUAAUCCUAGUGAAGGAAACAGUGUAGACAUCAGUGUGAAAAAUUUGCCUUUGACAAUGGAAACAGAAACUACAGUGAAAGGUGAAGAAACUGAAGAACAUCAAAGGGGACCGCUGGGUCACUUAACUGUUGGGGAGGAAUCUGAGGAGAUGAUUACCAGAGAAUAUAGCCACGGUGAUAAUAUGAGUGAGAUUUCUCAGACCCACUUUAAAUCCCAGAGGAUGCUUGGUGAUGCCAACGAACAAAGCCAGAAGAUUUUGGACCACAUGUUGCAGAAGGAAGAGGAACAUAUACAGCAAAAAGAAGCACAUGCAAUAUUGGAACAAUGCACAUCAUCUAAUAUGUUGUCAGAUGAGGUGCGAAGUAAGAACCAACCUAAGGAUUGUAAAGAUAAGUUCCCCAUGAUGAAAGAAAUCACCCUAGCAAAGCUGGCCAAGGGCGACAUUGCUGCACGGUUUCAGAAGUUGAAAGACCCACAGGAGGAAAGCUUGUGUCAUCCAUUAAAAAAGAACAUUAAGUUGUGCACAGGUCCUUGCCUUCGUGGUGCCCCCUGGAAAGCACAAGACCCCUCCUCUGCUAGGUGUGAUGAAAUACACGGUGCCUUUGGGAACACUUCACAUCAGAAAAUAGUGCUUCCCUUAAAGAAGCAGCCCCAUCGACCAUGUAAGAAAGUUACCUGUCAGGAGCAAGUCAACAUGGGGAGAAAAGUGAGUAAAAUCAGAAGUUCUGUCUUUUUAAAGAGUUCCUCUGAAACCAUCCCCACAAAAGCACACAGAUUUCUCAGUUCACAUACUGUAUCUGCGCCCACAAAACUGGAACCCGAAACAGUACCUACUGGGAGCUUAAUUAGCCAAAUACCAAAGCAGAAGGCUAUUCUGUGCCAUCCUUUGAGGAGCCUGAAUGUUAGGAAGCCUACCAAAGAAUCAGCCUUAUUCAACAAGCUGUCCAUCCUUGCCUCCAAACUGGCCCCAGCCAUGAAGACCCAGAAACUAAGAUAUCGGCCGUAUUCCUCUGAACUUCUUCCAGUGACUAAAAGCUACAAGCGACUCAGAUAUCAAAGACUCCUGGAUGGAUUUUCGUAUAAUACAAUACAGUUGAAUCCAUAUUUGGCAGCUAGUGGAUGGGAUAAGUGGCCUAAUAGUAAGCCUUUGACACUUUAUUCUCUUGAAGCCAUCAAAAUGAAUUUCAUAGAUUUGAGCGACAAGAUGCCAUCGCUGCUGUUUGGUUCUGAAAUCUUCCCAGUAUCCUUUCAUGUGAAAUCAGGCUCUGAGUGCAUGGCCGAGUCCCCAAGGACUUUUCCUGAGCACUGUGCUCCAACGAGGCUUGCCUUAGGAGAGGCCCCACAGUGCCCAUCUCAACCUCCCAAGUGGACCUUUUCUUUCUUCUUGUCCCACGGUUGCCCUGGGAUGGCCACAUUCAGGGAAGACACUGGCCUCCGUGGUCAGGCAUGCGCCCAGGCUCCUUCACACCCUCCAGUUCCUCUCCAAGACUAUGGAGGCACCGCCAUAGUCCAGACCAGAGCAGGCUGCUCUGUCCUUGGCCUUCACACACUUCUAGCACUUUGUUCCCCUGGAUGUUACCGGAUCUGGACAAAAAAACGGAGCUUCUCCAGUCACAUGCCUGCCAUGCAGAGGCUCUUCAUGACCCAGGUUACACAGGGCUUGAAAGGGUUAAGGUCUCCAGCCUCCAUAGCGGACAAAGUCUUCUGUUCUCUACCCUACUCGGUGGGCCGAGUGCUGUCCAUUUGGAGCCAGCAUGGGCCUACUGCCUGCCCCUUCAAAAUCUCUGCUCUUCAUUCCACUCACAGCAUGCGGCAGCCAACUCUGGGCACCAUAAGCAGCCACACCAUGUUACCACAUGUGCCUCUUCCAGGCGUGGAAGCUACUUACAACACCAGCGGCAGUCAGAUGAGUCUAGAGCCUUCAUUCUCUGCCUUGGUACCAAAGUCUUGCUUGGUAACAGAAUCAGCUGUCAGCAAGCUCUUGCUUUCAGCCUCUGAGUUCCAGGUUCCUGGAUUUGAUGAGCUGGAUGGUAUGACAGCAGCGUGCCCCCGGCCACAGAGCAGCUCUCCGGAACAGAAAGAGGCCGAGCCAGAGAAGAGGCCAAAGAAAGUCUCACAGAUUCGCAUCCGGAAAACCAUUCCUAAGCCAGACCCUAAUCUUACCCCCAUGGGCCUUCCUCGACCCAAAAGGUUAAAGAAAAAGGAGUUUAGUUUAGAAGAAAUAUAUACCAACAAGAAUUAUAAGUCUCCUCCUGCAAACAGGUGUUUAGAGACCAUCUUUGAGGAACCUAAGGAACGAAAUGGUACGCUAAUCUCAAUCAGCCAACAGAAGAGGAAACGAGUUCUAGAAUUUCAGGAUUUUACGGUCCCACGAAAGAGGAGAGCUCGUGGUAAGGUCAAAGUGGCAGGCAGCUUUACCAGGGCCCAGAAGGCGGCACUGCAGAGUCGAGAGCUGGAUGCCCUUUUGAUCCAGAAACUAAUGGAACUGGAGACCUUCUUUGCCAAGGAAGAGGAACAGGAGCAAUCAUCUGGUUGUUGAGAAGCAAUUCAGUUUGGGGGUAUCAAUUUUAAAUUUUCCAGGCCUCCUUGGAAAAGAUUUCCUAAUUUUGCCCUACUGCCCAAACCACUCAACAUGCAGUCCGUGGAUUUUUACCUAUUUCAAGGUGCAACCUUUUUAGGAACUGGUGAAGGAGGGUCCUCUACUUCUACUGCUGAGUAUAGAACCUCAGGAACGCUCCCUUUCUCCUGGAAAUGGUCCUGAGUGACAUCUGGCCUCCUCCGCACACUCUCUGCCAUCCACAGGAGGAGGCCGCAGCAUACCUUCAGAAACACUAGGAUUCCAAGGACUCACAGCAUUUGCACGUCCAUGUGAAAGUUACGCGUUGUUUACGGUGGUGCUAGACCAAGAUUAUUUAGAGACGUGGCCUAGGGAGGGGUACCUGGCAUCCUGGCCUAUAUGGUCUCACCGGCUCAUUUCAGUAGUUGAGGAAUGAUGAGCUGUUUGGUUUUCUAAUCCUUUGAGUCUGCCCAGCACCGAUGUGUGUGUGUGCGUGUGUGUGUGUGGCUUUUUCCCAUCAUUUUCUUCCCUCUGUGACUGUGGGUCACUAGUGCCAGAGGAGCCCAUCCAGGCCCCGUUCGAAGUAAGUUGCACUUUUUAAUGUUGUGGUGUUGAUUAUUUUCCUUUGCUUGCUUUCUUUCUUUCUUUCUUUCUUUUUUUUUUUUGGUAUUAUUGCUGCAUGUUUGGAGCCUUUAAAUGUGAUUUUAAAACAAUUUUUUUCAGACAUCAUGGAGAAAGACAAUACAUGUCUUCAGAAUAUAUGAUAGGCAUUCGACCCAGUUUUUCGGUGCAUGGUGUGGGACAAUGGACAGACAUUUUCCCAUUCAUGUGUUUCAAGCAGUCCCUUCCCCAUCUCCAACUUCUAGUGUAACUCAUUAGCAGGAGCACUUUUUUCAUCUGGGUUCUUAUUCUUACCCACUAAGUAGAUGUAUCUAUUUUAAUAACAGAAGUAAGAGCAGGUUUCUCUCCCAGUCAUUUAAAAAAUAUGAAGAUUGGGUGUGGUUUUAAUGGGUUUUAUCUGAAGUGGUCUGUCACAAAGUUGAGAACAACAGCUCGGGCGAUGAUAAAGUCUGACCCAGAGUGUUUGCAGCUGUCAGAGCAACCUACUCCAAGAGUGGGGAGAGGAGAUGGCCGUGGUUCAAACCCAGUGAUGCAUUCUGGCAGUGCGAUCACGAAAUUCCACAGCCAGCUCUCUCUGAGGGCACGUCAUACUCUGGGCUCCUGUGUCAAACCUGCUGGGAAUUUUGUAGAAUGCCAGGGUUAGCUGAGCUGCUUCACCUGUGCCUGCAGGAGUCUGUGGGCAGAAGAGUACUGUGUGGGUCAGCAGGCCCAGAGGUUUCAUUCCUUUUCCACUUAAUCCCUGGGUAUCCUCGCCCUGCUUCCCCUCCCUUCCUUCUCUUAGGUUUUAUCUUUUUUUCUCUCUCUCUCUCAAAACAAGAGUUCGGAGAAUUAACAUUCCUUGGCUGGUGAGUGGGGUGCUAAACCCAGCCUCAGGUUACACUGGUCGCCUCUUCCCAUUCUCCUAGGAGCCACUGCUGGAAAGCAGCCACCGAUGGGAACUGUCAGAGUUCCAGAAACAUUUUCAAGUCAGUCUGUUAGAGAAGAGUGAGUGGUGCCCUCCUGGAAUGUGUCUCCUAGGUUUCUUUUGCUUCCCCAUUUGUUAGUGGGUGGGGAGAUGGGGUGGGGGUGGGGGGUCUCUAUGUGCCUUUCCUUUGCAGGUUGACAGUCUGUGCCACACUGGAGCAGAAAAACUGACAUGAGCAAGAAAAACAAAGUGCCACGUCUGUCUUCUAGGCCCACUGCCUCAGCCAUAGCAUUUAGUAAGUGAAAUACACACCUGGUAAUCCAUGGAGGCUUCUUAAGGCCAUGGCAAAAUAGCAUUAGAAGAGAGCCAUGCUUCCACACUGGCUCUGAAUGAUGCAAACUAGAUUCUGCCGUUCUGCAUCCACUUUGCCCAGACUGUAUAGACACGACCUGUGUUUCACCUCAGUACCUCUCCCUUCCUGGGACAGGGUCCUUAGACACUAAAUGCUUCUCUCUGUCUUCUUGCUUAAGGGAGUGGGGUGAGUAACACAUCGUGCCCUUGUACAAACGUUUUAGGGAGCUCCUGCUGGACAGCUUGCAAGCUCCCAGUGAGUCGACAGAGCCCUGUUUGCCAGCUCCAUUGCCAGUGUAGACGAGCCAGCAGUGUGGCAGCCGUGUCAUCCCGCAGACUAAAGUUGAGGUGGGCACAGCUGUGGUAUCACCAACAUCACAGAGAUACAACUUUAAGUUUGCCCAUUGCAGGUGUGGCACUUGUAAGGGCCAGGAGCAGUGAUUUGGGACAUUGGCAUCUGGGAGGGGAGGAUUGGAGGAAAUGGAGACCUGGGCUCCCUCCUUGUCCUGGGAAUGAAGGAGAGAAGCUGCUCUGAGGCCAACCCUUGAAAUUCUUGGCCUGCCCUCUGGCUAGGGCCCUUCCCCCACUCCAAAGUUAAGAAGGGGCCCCCCUGCAAACUUGAAAUUGCUUACCUGAAGUUGAUACAUCGGGUUCUGCUCAGCCACACCUGUCUUAACAUCCAUUUUCACCAUUGGCCUAGCCAGCUGCAGUGCUGUCUGUGAUCCUCGGAGCCUGUGGUACCUGCCCACGAUGGGAGACGUUAGACGGCUGCUGGCACGUCACCUGCCCAGAGCUACAGGAGGUCUGGUUCUGGGGUGGGAGUUGGUACAAUUUCUGAGUAUGGGGACUUCCUACCCCAAGUGGUGGGGAGUUACAGUUAACCGUAACUUACUCAACUUCAGAGGUUUAGUGUUUUUCAUAUGGGAAAGAGAGGAGAAAUCUCAGGUCCAAUCAGGGUUAUGCCCAUUAGCUUUUUGCUGAAACUUUGAACUAUGGUUUUUUGCAGCUUUCAGUUUAUGGCUAUAUUUGCCCCUCCCCCUCUCUCUCCCCCGACCCACCUUCCCCUCCUUCUCUUUUCUUUUGGUUUCCUUUCCAACUUCAUUUCUCCUUUAGUUUAAACGUACCUCAUCACCUGUUAAAGCAAAUUAUGUCCACUUUUUCUUACUGACCUUACUCUAAGAGCUACAACUGAGGGAGGUACAGUGAAAGACAUGUAGCGUUUGCCUUACUUGGAGCCUGAAGAGCUCAGAAACUCAUGCUGUGAAUCCCAAAACUCAGCGCUCCUCCAAGAGCUGUGAAAAUCAUGACACUUUGUCACAAUUUUGCCUGAAAGGGUCUUUUGCGUGGGCGCCAGAGCCAACCUGAGGUAAAUUCCAGAUCCCACCCUCUGGGCACGAUGCUUCCCACAUGGCUUAUUCCCUGCCUGCCAGGCCAAGAGCAGCACAGAGUGUGCAGGACUGGGGCAGCAAUCCGAGGCUUUGGUGCAGCUUAAUGGAACGCAGAGCCAGUGCUGCGUCUCCAGGCUGGGAUUUCAUCUCAUGAUCAAUACCAUGUCCAUUCAGAUCCGCGAAAGACCAACCUUUAGGCAGUGAUACUUCUCUCCCAUUACCUGGGGGGAAAGUAUGCAGUUGGUGCUUUCUUAAUUCCCUUGUUUUGUUUUGUUUCUAUAAGCUUUCCCCCGGUAUCAUGGAAAGGACCUUUUAAACACCACUCUGUGGGUAGCUGUAUCCAAAAUCUAAGUAAUUGGCCAGACGUGCAGAGUAUCCUUUCCUGGGUUCAUGCAAGGAAGGGGCUCCUUCCACAGCUGAACUUCUUCCCUAAGAAGCUGGCUGGGGAGGAAGGCUUAACUUUACUAAAAUCAAAGUUUAAUAUUACCAUCUAGCCACAAAUUGAGCAGCAAAGGCUAUUUCGAUAGUGAAAUGAGGGUCCCCAUGUAGCCUGCCAUUUAGCACAGCAUACCCAGAUUUGAUGCUUGUUCAUUGUGUGUCUUCACAAGCCCCUCUCUGGUGCUGAAUUGGAUUUGAAUUCUUGGUGAGAGGCCUCAGCAUCUUUUUGGGCUGGUCUGGGCCAGUAAAUAGCUGCCUGAAGUGUUUAUAUAUUAUCAUGGUCAAUAGUUCAGUGAAAUUUGUACAUUUUUGGUAACAUUGGCAUACAUGAUGCCCCUGCAGUUCCUUUUCUGUUUGGUAGUUUGUGACUCUAAAAUUCCCACUGUUAUGUGUGUUAAUUUAUGAAAAUAAAUUUUUUUUUGAAAACCUUUCA